AAGAGUCUUUCUCCAGAAAGAUGCUCUUUCUCCAAGAUGCUUGACCGCUCUUCCUUCCCUGGAUGGCAGCAGCCUGGGGCGGAAGCCAUACCAAAGGGAUGGGCAGGAUGGACAGGAGACAGUAGCACAAUGAGGAGGGGGAGAACGGCAGCUGAAUUGGAAAUGAUGAAAUAAAAUGAAAUGUUAAGAGCUCGCUGCAUUGUAACGAUAGAGGACACAUCCAGAUCAAAUAAGACAUUUUGGGCUGCCGAAGAGUUUAUUUCCUGGAGAUUGGAAGGAGAGGGUUGUUUCCACAGAGGGCUCCAAUGUCAGACAAGAGAUUUCUUAUUGCUGGCACCAGUAGGCACAGGAAGCCCGGAUCCAGAUGCACCAUAUUCAUCCAGAGGCAUGAAAUUCAGCAGUCAGAGCGGAAGGAAAAGGCAUUGAAAAUUGGAGAGGAACCGUCCAAUAAUUUCUAAAAUAAACACUAGUGAAUCAGUACAGUGGAACAACACGUUACCAUUAAAAAAUGUGAAACAAUAUUGAAAACCUGAGAAGAGAUUCAAGACAAAUGCAGACGUGAUGCAUGAAGACUCUGGAUUUACAGUAAUACUACUGGGGUUGAAACCUGCUUCUACUGCUUCCCAGCUGUGUGAU